AUGCUGAACCGCGAGGCGAUGAUGCACAACAUGUCGGCCAUCGACGGGUGCCGCUCCUACCUCACGAUCUUCGCCGGCGUCGGCGCGGGCAUCCUCGGGCUCACGUCGGUCCGCGGCGCGCUCGGCUUCAUGGCCUCCUACGUCGCCAUCUCCCUCGCGCUCCUCGUCGCGAUGAAGGGCGACAGCAUGGCCUACACGAACGAGGCCAUCCCGAACCACGUCAUCGGCGGCGUCGGCAAGUACGGCCUCUCCUUCGUCCUCUUCUGGACCCUGAGCUACGCCCUCGUCCACAUCUACUAA